GGAUGCAGUCAAAGGACGAGCACGUGUGUUGCGAUACUUGCGAUGCAAGUGGUCGCGCGCGGGCGAGGGGUGCGCAGUCGUGUGCAGUGGACCACUCGACGUCGCACAAGGUCAAGGAGAAUGAUUAACAACGAAAAUACAGCAAAACAAACGGCGGCGGCGCGGGGCUCGAGCGGGGACGCGGCCGGCACCGGCACGACAGUCAGAACAGCGACGCCGCCCGCACCGGCCGCGCGUCCUGCCGCCGCGACCGACGCACUAUAAAAUCGAUGCACGAUCCGCAACCGGCAUUCAACGCCAACCUAAUUCAUACCCCGUAAAUUUGAUGCUCGCGAGAGGCCGUUUCACGUGCAAAUUAAAUAAGCUUGAAGCUUGUCGAAGUGCAGUGAAGUGAUAGUGAUGCGAUUAUGUUAGUGGGUGGCCAUGUCAAGUGUUGCGAAGAAAGACAAGCCGACGAUGUCGGUGACGGCGCUGAUGAACAACUGGGUGCGGCCGGCGCCGCCGCAGCCGCAGCCGGCGGCGCCCGCGCCCGUCUCCAUGCUGCAGCCGCUGCAGAUGCCGUCGCCGUCGAUGCAGAACACUCACCACAUCCCGACGGUGGACUGCUCGCUCGACAUGCAAUGGCUUAACCUGGAGAGUGGGUUCAUGUCGCCCAUGUCUCCGCCGGAGAUGAAGCCCGACACGGCCAUGCUGGACGGGCUCCGGGACGACGCGACCUCGCCCCCCACCUUCAAGAACUACCCCCCCAACCACCCGCUCAGCGGCUCCAAGCACCUGUGCUCAAUAUGCGGCGAUAGGGCGUCGGGGAAACACUAUGGUGUAUACAGUUGCGAAGGAUGCAAAGGCUUCUUCAAGCGGACCGUGCGCAAAGACCUCUCGUACGCGUGCCGCGAGGAGCGCAACUGCAUAAUCGACAAGCGGCAGCGGAAUCGAUGCCAGUACUGUCGCUACCAGAAGUGUCUGGCGUGCGGCAUGAAGCGCGAGGCCGUGCAGGAGGAGCGACAGCGCGCCGCGCGCGGCGCCGAGGACGCGCACCCGAGCAGCUCGGUGCAGGUAAGCGAUGAGCUGUCCAUCGAGCGGCUUCUGGAGAUGGAGUCGCUGGUGGCGGACCCCAGCGAGGAGUACCAGUUCCUGCGCGUCGGCUCCGACACCAACGUGCCGCCGCGGUACCGCGUGCCCGUCUCCAGCCUCUGUCAGAUAGGCAACAAGCAGAUAGCGGCGCUGGUGGUGUGGGCGCGCGACAUCCCGCACUUCGGGCAGCUGGUGCUGGAGGACCAGGUGGCGCUGAUCAAGGCCUCCUGGAACGAGCUGCUGCUCUUCUCCAUCGCCUGGCGCUCCAUGGAGUACCUGGAGGACGAGCGGGAGAACGGGGACGGCACGCGGAGCACCACGCAGCCGCAACUCAUGUGCCUCAUGCCGGGCAUGACGCUGCACCGCAACUCGGCGCAGCAGGCGGGCGUGGGGCCGAUCUUCGACCGCGUGCUGUCGGAGCUGAGCCUCAAGAUGCGCUCGCUGCGCAUGGACCAGGCCGAGUACGUCGCGCUCAAGGCCAUCGUGCUGCUCAACCCAGAUGUGAAAGGAUUGAAAAGCCGACAGGAUGUUGACAAUUUACGAGAAAAAAUGUUCUCGUGCCUGGACGAGUACUGCCGGCGCGCGCGCGGCGGGGAGGAGGGGCGGUUCGCGGCGCUGCUGCUGCGGCUGCCGGCGCUGCGCUCCAUCUCGCUCAAGAGCUUCGAGCACCUCUACUUCUUCCACCUCGUGGCCGACGCCAGCAUCGCCGGCUACAUCCGCGAGGCGCUGCGCCACCACGCGCCGCCCAUCGACGCCAACUCCAUCAUGUAACCGGCCACGAGUCGACCCCGUGCACCUCACACCACCCCACCCGCCCGGAUGAUAGAGAGAGAGGCACUCAAAGUUAACGGUUUCCUCCGGUACGUAGUGAUCCGGCCGAGACGGGCGAGCUCGGCCGAUCCCGUAGUCGAACCGUGCGCCGUUCGCGUCACAUUCUAUAACUUGCCGAAUUCUAUGAACUUAAUCGUGACCGUGUUCACGUUCACCGAUACGGUUUCUGAUACGUUUCUAUUAUUUAAAUGACUUUUUUUGCCUCUUUAUAAUUUUAUCUGAAGGGUAUUUGAGAUCGACUAUGAUAACUCUGCUGUCGUUUUGACCCUAAAAUAUUAUAUUUACACGUAAAUUUACCGCUGGCUGGUCCAGACGUCAUUUUAAGUUACAUUAUGUAUCUUAGCGACAUAAUUAUGUGUGACGUCCCACGGUC